AUGGGCGACACAAAGAUAUUACAGAGACACGGGCAGGUACUUUGUGCAGAUGAAGAUUUAGACAAAGAUGAAUGUAACAGAAGGAAUAUCUCGGAAGAAAAUCUAAUUUCAUCUUCAGGUUGUAAAAUAGAAGAUGAUGACAUCACACAAGAUUCUCCUGGAGAAACCCCUACUGCCCUACUCGUACCUCCUGUACCUCACAAUGUGCUUGUGUCAUGUGGUCCCUCUAAUCAGAGGGAAUGUUCUGAUAACACUGAUAUUGGGUCAUCUUCUACAGCUCUGACAGUAGAUAAAAUAUUUCCCUGUUCUAUAGAUGACAGAUGUUUUACACAGACCGCACAGCUUAUAACCAAUCAUCCAGCUAAGGGAGGUGAGAAACCAUUUCCAUGUUCUGAGUGUGGGAAAUGUUUUACCGAUAAAUCAAAUCUUGUUACACAUCAGAGAAGUCACACAGUUGACAAGCCAUUUCCAUGUUCUGAGUGUGGGAAAUGUUUUACACACAACUCACGUCUUGUAGCACAUCAGAGAAGUCACACAGGUGAGAGGCCAUUUCCAUGUUCUGAGUGUGGGAAAUGUUUUACACACAAGUCACAUCUUGUUGCACAUCAGAGAAGUCACACAGGUGAGAAGCCAUUUCCAUGUUCUGAGUGUGGGAAAUGUUUUACACACAAGUCAGAUCUUGUUGCACAUCAGAGAAGUCACACAGGUGAGAGGCCAUUUCCAUGUUCUGAGUGUGGGAAAUGUUUUACACACAGCUCAAGUCUUGUUAAACAUCAGAGACGUCACACAGGCGAGAAACCAUUUCCAUGUUCUGAGUGUGGGAAAUGUUUUACUGAUAAAUCAGAUCUUGUUACACAUCAGAGAAGUCACACAGGUGACGAGCCAUUUCCAUGUUCUGAGUGUGGGAAAUGUUUUACAUACAACUCACGUCUUGUUAAACAUCAGAGAAGUCACACAGGUGAGAAACCAUUUCCAUGUUCUGAGUGUGGGAAAUGUUUUACCGAUAAAUCAUAUCUUGUUACACAUCAGAGAAGUCACACAGGUGAUAAACCAUUUCCAUGUUCUGAGUGUGGGAAAAGUUUUACCGAUAAAUCACAUCUUGUUACACAUCAGAGAAGUCACACAGAUGACAAGCCAUUUCCAUGUUCUGAGUGUGGGAAAAGUUUUACACAGAAGUCACAUCUUGUUGCACAUCAGAGAAGUCACACAGGUGAGAAACCAUUUCCAUGUUCUGAGUGUGGGAAAUGUUUUAGAGAUAAAUCAUCUGUUGUUAGACAUCAGAAACUUCACACACAUGAGAAUGUGUAACAUGACAGUAAUCGAAUCUUGAUAAAACUAUACUUUAUUAACACUAUAUAAAAUUUGUAUAUAUGCAGAUGGAAAGUUAUUUAUCUUACAAAUAAAUCUAAUUUCUCACAUAUUUUUUGUUAAA